AUGUCCCGCCUACCAUCAUACUACAAAUGUCUAGCUAAACAGUCUCGAAUCGCGCAUCUUAAUGCAUUCAUAUCACUCGCGGACGGGGCAUCCGUUAUAAGCACGACACCAGAUACACAUGGCAGCUUUUCUGGCAAAUCGAUAGCCAUCAAAGACAACAUCUGCACCAGUGAUCUCCCCACCACGGCCGGGUCAGGGAUAUUAAAAGAUUUCAUAAGUCCCUAUGAUGCCACGGUUGUCAGACGGCUUCAAGAUGCGGGAGCCGUGAUUAUGGGGAAGACGAAUAUGGACGAAUUCGGGAUGGGAUCACACUCAAUGCACUCUUACUUUGGACCUGUGAAGCAAUUGGGACGUGGAGAAGAAGGAAUAAGUGCUGGAGGAAGCUCUGGAGGGAGUGCCGUAGCGGUCAAGUCUGGCUAUUGCGACGUUGCCCUUGGAACGGAUACUGGAGGAUCAGUUCGAUUGCCUGCGGCGUAUACCGGAAUUGUUGGCUUCAAACCAUCCUACGGCCUGCUCUCGCGGUGGGGCGUCAUUGCGUACGCCAAUUCACUUGAUACCGUCGGUAUUCUUGCCAAUUCCGUUGAUAUGGUUCGGCAAACAUUCAAUUUGCUCAAUAAGUACGAUCCACAAGACCCAACGUCUCUUGUACCGUCAACCCGCUCUCGACUCCGAACCCCAAAGUCUGCUGAGACUCCGCUCCGCAUUGGGAUACCCUUAGAGUAUAACGUGUCCACGCUAAAACCCGCCAUUCGGGAUGCUUGGAUCUGUGCCCUCCGGCUCCUUCAAUCUAAAGGGCAUACAUUGCAUUCUGUGUCUCUCCCUGCGACAAGGCACGCACUCUCCGCAUACUACAUCCUAGCUCCAGCGGAAGCCUCAAGCAAUCUCGCGAAAUAUGAUGGAGUCCGAUAUGGGAGCCGGGCAGAGGGUAUUGAUGGCACACCCCAAAGCGUUCUCUUCGCAAAAACGCGUGGUGAGGGAUUUGGCCCCGAAGUCCGUCGCCGUAUUCUUCUGGGCACCUUCUCUCUUAGCGCUCAGGCGAUCGACAACUAUUUCAUCCAGGCCCAGAAAAUCCGUCGCCUUGUGCAACAAGACUUUGACAAUGCUUUCUCCGCACCUAAUCCGCUGGUAUCUUCUACCUCACCUUCUGUAUCCAACUCAAGUGGCGUGGACGUUCUACUCUGUCCAACAGCCCCGACCCUACCCCAACUCAUCUCUAAUAUUGAGAAUCAAGAUUCAGUCUCUGAAACAAUGAGUGAUGUAUUCACGGUGCCUGCCAGCCUGGCUGGGCUGCCUGCCAUUAGUAUUCCGAUCAGUAUCAGGGAAGACCACAAUGACCCAGACUUGAGCAAAGCUGGGGUAGAGCAAACAGCAGGUAUGCAGAUUAUUGGGCAAUACGGCGAUGAUAGACUUGUACUGGAUGUUGCAAGUCAGUUGGAGGUGCGACAGAGAGUUAAGAUAUAGGCCGAGCAUGAAUAUCCUCCUACGACUGUUUUUCGUGAGUGAACAAGCUGUAUUUACGAGCAUUUUGACAAUGGAUAGGUUGUAUACUAUUUCUGUAUGAAUACGAAGAAUAUGGCUCAUGUAUGAUAUCCGGAAUUCACAUCUCAAGACCUAGCGCAGGGACCAAAAACAGCGGUUAUAGAGCAC